AUGUCUGGCGCCGCAAACCGACAGGGAAAGAUGAUCAACUACCGCAUGAAAGUUACUCUGCAGGAUGGCAGACAAAUGGUCGGGCAGAUGCUCGCAUUCGACAAGCACAUGAACCUCGUUCUCGCCGACACAGAAGAGUUCCGACGCACACGAAGAAGGGGCAAGGCCGCACCCGGCGCAACCCAGCAAGUCACCGAGACUGAAGAGCGACGCGCAAUUGGACUUACCAUCAUUCGUGGCGCGCAUGUAAUCUCGUUAUCUGUCGACGGACCACCGCCUGCAGACCCUGCCGCGCGACUUGGCGCGAGCGCUGGAGGACCAUCUACUGCUGCCGCGCUGGCUGCAGGACCCGGUGUUGCUCGUCCUGCCGGACGUGGUCUCCCAGUCGGUCUUACUGGGCCAGCUCCUGGUGUUGGAGGCCCCGGCCCUGGGUUCGGAGGCGGUUUCCCAGGCGCACCUGGAGGCUUCGGAGGCCCGCCUGGCUUCCCUGGUCGUGGCGGCCCUCCAGGUGGACCACCUGGAUUCCCUCCCGCUGGUGGACCUCCCGGAUUCGGAGCACCACCAGGCUUCGGUGGACCGCCCGGCUUCCCUGGUCGUGGUGGACCUCCUGGUUUCGGUGGCAGAUAA